GGCAGAGAGUUAGUGGAUAAAUGAGAGAGCAGCGCUGGCUCAGCCACAGAGUCUUACUGCCAGGCGAAGGAAGGAGUCCAGGAAACACACACACAGCUCAGUAGGACCUAACCAGCUGUUUCAAGGAGCAUCUCCUGCAGCCUCUAGCUCAGCGUUUGAUGUUUGGACUUGAUGUAUCUUCACAUGGAGGCAUCUGGUGUGGCUUGUGCUCCAGGAUUUACUCUCUAACCUGUGGCAGUGUAGAAGCAGCAGUGGGACCAUUACUGACUUUUUUUUUGUUGGAUUGUAAAUGCUGAAAACUCUUGAGCGUGUUUUUACCUGUAGCAUCAUGAUGUUUUUAGUAUGACUCCUGUCAGCAGUUUGGAUUGUGUGUGAGAGCCAGCCAGUAAGACUUUGUCUGUGUGUGUGUGUGUGUUGUGUUGUGUGUGAAUGUGUGUGUGUCAGGAUGAGUGUUCCCAUGUUGAAGAUUGGCGCGGUGCUCAGCACCAUGGCUAUGGUAACUAACUGGAUGUCCCAGACUCUGCCGUCGCUGGUUGGACUCAAUGGAACCAUCAUCUCCCCUGAGGGCACACAUGAGCGGAUCGUCAGUGGUAUGUACCCAGGCUCAGAGGAGGGCUGGCAGGUGUACAGCACGGCUUCAGAUCCUGACGGCAGGUGCGUUUGCACGGUGGUCGCUCCGGCACGAAACCUUUGCAAACGAGACCCACGGAGUCGACAACUACGCCUGCUGACCGAACAGGUGCAGAAUGUGAGUCAGUCCAUGGAGGUGGUAGACUUGCGGACAUCCAGAGACCUGCAGUACGUCCGAGACUCUGAGCCGCUGCUGAGAGGAGUGGACGGACGCUUACACACUUAUGUGGCCAGUCCCCGUGCUCUGACGGCAAAGGGCCUGCAGGAGUUGAAGGGUCAGAUGUCUCAGCUAAGGCCCCUUUUGUCAGUGAUGGAGCAGUACAGAUUGGACCUGCAGACGCUGGCCACCCUGCGACUGGAGCUCCUCAACCUGUCAAUCAUCCUGACAGCCAUUCAGGAAGAGAUUGGAGCGUAUGACUACGAGGAGCUUCAGCAGAGGGUUUUACUGCUGGAGACCAGGCUACACAGUUGCAUGAACAAACUCGGUUGUGGCCGUCUGACUGCUGUUAGUAGCCCCAUCACCGUGAGAGCCUCGGGGUCCCGCUUUGGCUCCUGGAUGACUGACGCCAUGAUUCCCAGCUCUGACAGCAGGGUGUGGUCGAUGGACGGCUACUAUAAGGGCAGGCGUGUGUUGGAGUACAGAACCAUGGGGGAUUUCACAAAGGGGCAGAACUUUGUGCAGCAUCUGUUGCCCCACCCCUGGGCAGGAACCGGCCAUGUGGUUUACAACGGGUCACUCUACUACAACAAACACCAGAGCAACAUCCUGGUUCAGUACCAUUUCCGCUCUCGCAGCGUGUUGCUGCAGCGCAGCCUGAGCGGAGCCGGAUACAACAACACAUUUCCCUACAGCUGGGGAGGGUCCUCUGACAUCGACCUCAUGGCUGAUGAGAUGGGACUCUGGGCCGUCUACACCUCCAUCCCUAACGCUGGAAACAUUAUGGUGAGUCGUCUGGACUCUCACUCGCUGGAAAUCCUCCAGAGCUGGGAUACAGGCUUUCCUAAGCGCAGUGCUGGGGAGGCCUUCAUGAUCUGCGGCACCCUGUACGUCACCAACUCUCACUUGGCCGGGGCCAAAGUCCACUUCGCCUACCACACCAACUCCUCCACAUACGAGUACACUGACAUCCCCUUUCAUAACCAGUACUCCCACAUCAGCAUGAUGGACUACAACCCCAGAGAGAGAGCGCUGUACACCUGGAACAACGGACACCAGGUGCUCUAUAACGUCACACUGUUUCACGUCAUCCGGAGUGAUGGAUAGAUCGUAUAAAAUGGUAUAAAAGAGAGGGAGGAUAGUAGAGGAGGAUGUUGUUAAAACACACACAUACACACGCACACACACACAUACACACACACACACACACACACACACCAUUCAUGUCAACAGGAAAAUGAGUACUGUCUGUGUUUGAAUUUGAAUGACUUCUAGACUGCAAGAGCUCACUGAGCUAAUAACUAGACACAAUACACGGUCGCGGGACAUAUGUCUAAAGGUCACAGACGAGAAUACAAGAGUAUUCAUCACGUCGAAGAUGAAAAUUAACUGCUCUGGGGACGCUGAUAGAAAGAAGGAAGCCAGACAGUUUGAGCUCAUCCAUAUUCUGUUGCCUUUCAUUCCACUUGUAUCUCAAGAAGUGAUUUUGGAAAGUUGAGGUCAAAUUGUCGAAAAAAAAAAAAAAUUAAGAAAUUGCAGCUCGUGAACUGAAUUUUAACUCGCUUCAAACCUCGAGCUAUGACGACGGACCUGAUGGAGAUAUUCUGGGUAUGUGAUGUGAUCGUGGAUGUGUUCAGUCAGCAUGGUUGUUCAUUCAUUAAAUCUUACUGUCAAACUUU